UUCAUUCAACCGGCGUCAGUUGAAUUCAAAAAGCUGAAGUGAUAACAGCCGUAGCAAAAGCUCUACAUUAAAAACCAAUAUUUAAAAAAUUAUCUUAAAGCAUUUAAAAUGGCAAACCUACCAUUGCUUUUGAGUCUGGCCGACGAUUUGGGCCGCAUGUCGAUGGUGCCCUUCUACGAGCCGUAUUACUACCAGCGCCAGAGGAAUCCUUACUUGGCCCUCGCAGGACCCGUGGAACAGCAGUUGCGCCAGCUGGAAAAACAGGUCGGCUGCUCGUCGGGACCCUCAGGAGCCGUCUCGAAAAUCGGAAAGGAUGGCUUCCAGGUCUGCAUGGAUGUGUCGCACUUUAAACCCAGCGAACUGGUUGUCAAGGUGCAGGAUAAUUCCGUGCUGGUAGAAGGAACUCAUGAGGAACGCGAGGAUGACCAUGGCUUCAUUACCCGGCACUUUAUCAGGCGCUACGCUCUGCCCGAGGGCUACGAUGCGGAAAAGGUGGCCUCCACUUUGUCCUCGGACGGAGUCCUUACUGUGAAGAUUCCCAAGCCGCCGGCCAUCGAGGACAAGGCCAACGAGCGCAUCGUUCAGAUCCAACAGGUGGGUCCCGCCCAUCUUAAUGUCAAGCAAAAUGCCAAGGAGCAGCCGGAGCAACUGGAGCAGGACAACGGCAACGAGAAGUAGAUUAUUCGAUCGGAGGGACUCGCUGUAUUUAACCAAUAUUAUAGUAAUGUAUCUGUUUUAUAAGAAGUAGUUACCCAGGGACACUCUAAUCAGGCAUACAUAUAAUACAUUAAGGAGUGUCCUGCUUUAAUCUUAUUUUGAAAUAUGUAUUCCUGUAAUUGGCUGAUUAAAUAAUAAAAAUACAAAUAAAAUAACUCUUAAAAACAUUAAA